CUCCUGGUCAGCGAUAAGUACCGGUUCUUGUACUGUUAUGUGCCCAAGGUGGCUUGUUCCAACUGGAAACGCAUCCUGAAGGUGCUGGAUGGGGCGCUGGAGAGUGUCGAUGUCAAGUUGAAGAUGGACCACAAGAGCGACCUGGUGUUCCUGGGGGACAUGAAGCCGGACGAGAUCAGCUACCGCCUGAAGAACUACUACAAGUUCAUCUUCGUACGGAACCCCAUGGAGAGGCUGCUGUCGGCCUACAGGAAUAAAUUUGGAGAGAUCAAGGAGUACCAGCAGAAGUACGGCGUGGAGAUCGUCAGGCGGUAUCGGAAGAAUGGGGGGAAUUCGGCAGGUGACGAUGUGACCUUCUCCGAGUUUCUCCGGUACCUGCUGGACGAGGAUGUGGAGAGGAUGAACGAGCACUGGAUGCCCAUUUACAACCUGUGCCAGCCCUGCGCCGUGAGGUACGACUUCAUCGGCUCCUACGAGCGGCUGAACACGGAUGCCAACUACGUCCUGGAGCGAGUCCAGUCACCAUCCUUCGUCCACUUCCCCGAACGGCAGUCAUGGUACAAGCCUGUGACAGCAGAAACGCUCCAUUACUACCUGUGCAACACCCCACGCCGGCUCAUAAAAGAGCUGCUGCUAAAAUACAUCCUGGAUUUUUCCCUCUUUGCGUACCCUCUUCCCAACGUAACCAGCGAAUUCUGCAGGCAAUGA